AGCAGGCCGCCGGGCGGGAUCCGACACCCCGACCGGCUCGCAGAGGCCGGGCUCCGCGGGAGACACGAGCCAACUCGGCCACGUCAGCUGGUGGGGAGGUCUGGAGGAUGGGGGCCCUUGGCGGAGUCGGAGGACGCGGACUUGAUGUGCCUGACCAGCCGCUGGAAGCCGGGCGGCGGGGGCCGGGGACAGCGGUAGGAGGAGGUUGUAGAGGUCGGCGGAGGCCAGGUGGUAGGCGGCCUCCUCGCGGGCCGAGCCGAGGAGCUGGAUCCGCCCUCGGAGGGCGUGGUCUGCUUUCUGUGUGUGUAGGCCACCCCUUUGGCUGCUUCGUGGACUCCAGGCUGUGGGGACAAAAGAGGAAGCUCCGCGAUAACGGAAGAUAACGUGGCUGAGACUGGUUGUGGAAGGGGAAGUGAAGAAAAGUGGACGGGUACAGAAGUCAUUGGUGGUGGAGCUGACAGGGCAGGAUUUGAGGACUGAGGGCCAGAGGGGGUCAAGUGUUCCUCAUCUCUGAUGUGUGCAUUUGGUUUAAGUAACUGCAUUACACUGGCGCUUACUAAAUGACUUUGGAGUAGGUUGGGGGCAUGGGGAGUAAUUUAGAUGUAUGCUUAGGGCAUCUUAAGAUUUAGAUGUCUGGAGUGGAGCUACCAAAAGGACACUUAGAUACACAAGCCUGCACUCACAGGAAAGCUUGGCUAAUGUAAAGACAUCACUGGCAAGUGGUUUGGGUUGGAUGCAGUACUUAGGAUGAGAAUGAAGAAAGAAGAGAAGCCAGGAUCCGACCCUCAGGUGCCAACUCUUACACUGUUGAGUUGAAGAGGGGGUGUCAGCUAGAAGACUGAAGAAGGAGCAAAGAGCAGAAGACAAGCCAGAGAUUGUAGGGUCCUGGCAUCCGAGUCGUCUUUGCAAAAAGAGGAAGUGGUCAGUGUAUAAGAGGAGAACAGAGAGUUGGCCCUUGAGGGGGCAACUGGAGGAGGGUGUAGUAACUCAGAAGCAGUCGGGAAGUGUUCACAGGAAGUGAGAGGAGGUCAGUAGGAGUGGGCUGUCAGUGCAGGGCCUCUGGUUGUUAUAACUGUACACCAUCCAGCAUCGAUGCUGUAUGUACCUAAUGCUGUUGACUCCUUUCCCAGGAGCUAGAUGGUUCUGUCUCCCGUUACAGUUGGAGAAACUGAGUUCCAGAGUCUACUCAUUUAAAGUAGAAGCAUUAGGAUUUGCUCCAGGUCUCAAACCUGUACUUUUAAGCACUAAGCUGCACCGCUGUGUUGAGGUUGGUAAAAUGGAAGGCAGCCAGGUGCUACGACAUUGCACAGCCCUACCCCCACUGUGGCUGCUGCUCCCCAGGGAAAGUGAGGCACACUGUGGAAUUCCUCUCUUGGGCAAGUGAGAUUUGGAAAAGAGCAUCUAACCCCGUAAGUCUGGUCUCCCUUACCACAGAGUAAGAGCGAGGACCUCAUCCAGUUUCAUGCCUGUAUCUCCAGUGCUCCAAUACAGUAGUGUGUCAUGAAUGUACAUUGAGUAUGUGGCUCUGUGAUUUUUGGCUGGCCCCUCUAGCUGACAUGAGUCUUUGUGUUUUGGGUAAGUGAAUUACCUUUUGAAUGCUGAUAAGAAACAGUGUUGCUGACUUUGAGAUGGAGCUGGGUGGGGGGCGAGUGUAUUACAGGGAUCUGGACUAGCUCUUGGAAGGAAAGGCAUGAUUGGAACAGCCCAGGGAGGACCUCGCAUUGUUGAGCAGGCACUGUAGUGUAAGCAGAAGGUGCAGGUUGAUCCCCGGAAAGGGAAACAGAUGGCCCUAACUUGGAAGCCACUGGAAGGACCCAUGGAGCAAGUGCUAGGAAGAAAGUCCCCUUAGUAUCAAUAUGCCCUGCAACUGCCUGUGUAGCGUAAGCAGUGACUCUCAACCAGGAGCACUUGUGAUCCCCAGGCAGUGUUUGGCAAUGUCUGGACACAAUUUUGGUUGUUUCGUAUAGCGGGGGCUAAGGAUAUUCCUGCAUCUCUCAGGUGUUGACUGGGGAUGCUGCUAACAUCCUACAGUGCACAAGGAUUUAUCCAGCCCCGAACAUGAGUGACACCAAGUUUGAGAAACUGGCGUAGAGGAAAGUGGGCCUCGAGCUUGCACCAUGUGGGUUUGAAGCCCCAUUGCUCCACUUGGUCACAGAAGCAGGAGUCUGGCUGGGAGUGGCAGGAGGAGCAGAGAGGCCACCGCAGGAGAUUGCUGCAGUCAUCUGGAGAGAGACAGGGUCUCACUAAAUUGCCAAGGCUGACCUCAAACUUGCAAUCCUCCUGCCUUGGCUUCCUGAGUCACUGGGACUACAGCAGCAGAACUGGGGUCCUUUGAGCCCUGCACCCAGCUAACCAUGGAACAGGUCGGCCUGGGCCACCAGCCCCUUAGGUGAGGACUCCACCCGGGGCUCCACUGACCAUUUCAGACAUGGAGGCGAAGAGAACCCUUCCAGCCAGGGAAUCUGCUUGUUGAAAGUCGUGGUCCAGCGCCGCUCCUCUGUGAGCUGUCUUCAGGAGAGGUGCUGUCCCGUGGCCCAGGAGCGGGGGCACACAGCCUCCGCGGAUGGGGAGGUGGGCCCUUGACGUGGCCUUUGUGUGGAAGGCAGUGUUGACCCUGGGGCUGGUCCUUCUCUAUUACUGCUUCUCCAUCGGCAUCACCUUCUACAACAAAUGGCUGACAAAGAGCUUUCACUUCCCCCUCUUCAUGACGAUGCUGCACCUGGCCGUGAUCUUCCUCUUCUCCGCCCUGUCCAGGACGCUGGUUCAGUGCUCCAGCCACAGGGCCCGUGUGGUGCUGAGCUGGACCGACUACCUCAAAAGAGUGGCCCCCACAGCACUGGCAACAGCACUUGACGUGGGCUUGUCCAACUGGAGCUUCCUCUACAUCACCGUCUCGCUGUACACAAUGACCAAGUCCUCGGCUGUGCUGUUCAUCUUGAUCUUCUCUCUGAUCUUCAAGCUGGAGGAGCUGCGUGCGGCCCUGGUCCUGGUGGUCCUCCUCAUCGCUGGGGGCCUCUUCAUGUUCACCUACAAGUCCACCCAGUUCAACAUGAAGGGCUUCUCCCUGGUGCUGGGGGCCUCGUUCAUCGGUGGAAUUCGCUGGACCCUCACCCAGAUGCUCCUGCAGAAGGCUGAGCUGGGCCUCCAGAACCCCAUCGACACCAUGUUCCACCUGCAGCCACUCAUGUUUCUGGGGCUCUUCCCUCUGUUUGCCGUAUUUGAAGGUCUGCACUUGUCCACAUCUGAGAAAAUCUUCCGCUUCCAGGACACGGGGCUGCUCCUGUGGGUACUUGGGAGUCUCUUCCUUGGCGGGAUUCUCGCCUUCGGUUUGGGUUUCUCGGAGUUCCUCCUGGUUUCCCGAACCUCCAGCCUCACUCUCUCCAUUGCUGGCAUUUUUAAGGAAGUCUGCACUUUGCUGCUGGCAGCUCACCUGCUGGGCGAUCAGAUCAGCCUCCUGAACUGGCUGGGCUUUGCCCUUUGCCUCUCGGGAAUAUCUCUGCAUGUGGCCCUCAAAACUCUACACUCUAGAGGUGAAGGUGGAUCCAGACCCCUGAAGGGGCUGAGCUCCAGCCCUGACCUGGAGCUGCUGCUCCGGAGCAGCCAGCCAGAGGAUGAGGACAAUGAGGAGGAAGACUACUUCGUGGCCCAGGGGCAGCAGUGAGGGGCCAGCGGAGCAACUGCAGGCUGCUCUGUGACCAGCGCUGCUCUGAGCACUUGGCCACAACCCAGGGCCCUGUGGCUCUUCACAGCAGCUGGGAGCAGUGGCCUGGGAGUCACCUGUGGCGGGCUAGGUCAGGGGCUUGUGGCUCCUACCCCUGCCUCAGAGCUUGGUCAACAGGGUGAGCACCAGGCCAGCCUCGGCCUGGCUGGAGCUCGCCCACGCUGCGCCUGGAUCCUGGUGGAGAAGAAAGUGGUGGGUCCUUCUAGGCCCUUGGCCAGGCCCUGCCCAAGACUGAUGUCAGAAGCACAGCGGCCUUCUAGGGGGGCUGACUUUGGACUGCAGGGCAGUGGGGGUGUGACGAUUUUGGGGCCUCAUCACCUGGACUGCAUCUUUCUCAGCAGAUGUAUUUAUAGUUUGGAAAUAAAUGGGUUUAUGGUCCAGUGGCCACUCACAUUGCCUAGGGGAGUGGGGGCAGGGAGGGCUGUGAAGGCCUGACCUCACCUUCUCUGUCCCUGUUGGGGCCUUCCCUAAGUGACCAGGCCCAUCCUGGCCUCCUGCAUCUCCUGCUUGCCCCUCUGCAAGGCCCCCCAUACCUGCAGGCAGAGAAUAAAUGAGUAUCUACUGAGCACAGCA